AUGAGCAUAAAGUGCCCUACCUACAAAAAGGUUCCAAGCCUUUAUAGAAAGAGAUUUACAGCUGAAGAAGACGAGCUCUUGAGAAAAUUGGCAAAAGAUAACAAUAACAAAACAUGGCGUGACAUUGCAAAGCAUCUUCCUGGAAGAAGCGCCACGCAGUGCAGAGAUAGAUACAAUCAAUACCUAUAUCCUAGUGUUGUUUCCAAGCCUUGGACCGAUCAAGAAGAUAAAAUUAUUGUCGAAAAAUAUAGACAAUAUGGACCCCAGUGGUCUAAAAUUGCAGAGUUCCUUCCUGGAAGAAGUGGAAGUAAUAUCAAAAACAGAUGGAAUGGGGCUUUAUCUAAAUAUCAUGGAAUUCCUCAUAAAAAGUAUAAGCUUGAAAGAAGACAGCCUCGUAAUGUUUUGAAUGCACUUCAGCAAACUGAAAAUGUGCCAACUCCAAUUGAAGAAAACUCUGAAAUAAUGGAUUUGUUCGAUCAAAUAUCAGAAAGCAUUAUACAGCAGCAGUGUGAAUCAUUUGAUUUCUUUAGCAAUUGGGAAGAAGUAACUUUGUAA